AUGUCAGCUAUGAUGACGCUGAGAAGAAGGGAGAUAGCAUCCGGGGCAACGACACCAUUCGACAGCCUGCCACUAUCCAUCAUCCGCUACGUGCAGAAGGAAUUGCGCCUGGAUACUAUGGAAGAAGUGAAACCUUCAUUGAGCUCCGACAACGGCGACACAUUCCUCCAGAUGGCGCACCACAUCAUGUACAACAAGUCCUGGCGUACGCGCGAGCAAAAGUUUCAUGACAGGAUGACCCAGUCGGCUGUGGAGAUCGAGCGGACUGUGGUCAUGAAACAAGGGGAAGAGCUCGACACGAUCUGUGGCCGCUGCCGGAAAUACCGGACUGUUGACAUGAAUCCGCUGUUCAAAACGAGGGACGAGAUUGCCGGAGUUUACAUCGCCCGCACGACGAAGAAGUGCCCAUACAAACAGUGCGCCCCGAAGAAGAACGCCGAGUCCCGUACUUGCAAUCUGGUUCCCAGGGACAAGGAGGUCGAGUACAUCUCUCGAAAGUCCUCUCGCUCGCUUGUCAACGCUAAGAAGCAAAACAAGAACAAAGGCGGAAAGAAGAGCAAGCUGAGCAAGUGA